UUCCACUUCCCCUCCGCUCACGCUGCAGCCGCAGCCGCCUUCAGGCCCCGCGCCGCCUCCGGAGUCCAUGGCCGGGACGCGCUGGGUGCUCGGGGCGCUGCUCCGGGGCUGCGGCUGCAACUGCAGCAGCUGCCGGCGCACCGGCGCCGCCUGCCUGCCCUUCUACUCGGCUGCCGGCUCAUUCCCCUCGGGAGUCUCGGGCCGUCGCCGCCUGCUGCUGCUGCUCGGGGCCGCCGCGGCCGCCGCCUCUCACACGCGGGGCCUCCAGACUGGGCCUGUGCCGGCCGGGAGGCUGGCGGGGCCUCCCCCAGCGGCCGCCUCCGCCGCCGCCGCGGCCGCCGCCUCUUACCCGGCCCUGCGCGCCCCUCUGCUGCCGCAGUCGCUGGCGGCGGCGGCGGCGGCGGGUCCGGCGCGCGGUUACAGCCAGGAGUCCAAAACUACCUACCUGGAAGACCUUCCACCUCUCCCUGAAUAUGAAUUGCCUCCGUCCAAGUUAGGAGAGGAAGUGGAUGACGUUUAUCUCAUUCGAGCUCAAGGAUUACCGUGGUCGUGCACUGUAGAAGAUGUGCUUAGCUUUUUCUCAGACUGCAGAAUUCGCAAUGGUGAGAAUGGAAUCCACUUCCUCUUAAAUAGAGAUGGGAAACGAAGGGGUGAUGCCUUAAUUGAAAUGGAGUCAGAGCAGGAUGUGCAAAAAGCCUUAGAGAAACACCGCAUGUACAUGGGGCAGCGGUAUGUGGAAGUAUAUGAGAUAAACAAUGAAGAUGUGGAUGCCUUAAUGAAGAGCCUGCAUGUCAAAUCUACACCUGUGGUAAAUGAUGGCGUGGUUCGUUUGAGAGGACUUCCUUAUAGUUGCAAUGAGAAAGACAUUAUAGACUUCUUCGCAGGACUGAACAUAGUAGACAUUACUUUUGUCAUGGAUUAUAGAGGGAGAAGAAAAACAGGAGAAGCCUAUGUGCAGUUUGAAGAACCAGAAAUGGCCAACCAAGCCCUUUUGAAACACAGGGAAGAAAUUGGCAACCGAUAUAUAGAGAUAUUUCCAAGCAGAAGGAAUGAAGUUCGAACACAUGUUGGUUCUCAUAAGGGAAAGAAAACGGCAUCUUCUCCCACUGCUAAGUAUAUAACUGAGCCAGAAAUGGUCUUUGAAGAACAUGAAGUAACUGAGGAUAUCCGACCCAUGACGGCUUUUGAAAGUGAGAAGGAAAUAGAAUUGCCUAAGGAGAUGUCAGAAAAGCUUCCAGAGGCUGUUGAUUUUGGAACUACGUCUUCACUACAUUUUGUCCACAUGAGAGGAUUGCCUUUCCAAGCCAAUGCCCAAGACAUUAUAAAUUUUUUUGCUCCACUGAAGCCUGUUAGAAUCACCAUGGAAUACAGUUCCAGUGGGAAGGCCACUGGAGAAGCUGAUGUGCACUUCGAUACCCACGAGGACGCUGUUGCAGCUAUGCUCAAGGAUCGGUCCCAUGUUCACCAUAGAUAUAUUGAAUUGUUCCUGAAUUCAUGUCCGAAAGGAAAAUAAGACUUCCAGGGAUUCCAGAAAAUAAGGAUGAAGCAAGAAGCAUUUCAUUUGCACAUCUUUCUUGGACAUGGGAUCUAAAGUUCCAGUUUUUUAGCAGCAACUGCUAGAGAAACCAUUUGGGGGUUUGGGGUUAAUUGCUUAUAAGAAAAAUUCCAUAGUGGACUGUUUAGAAAGAAAAAGGAAAAAUUCAGUUUGGGAUUAUGAAAUAAACCACAGAUUUACUUUUUUGUUUAAACUGUCCAGGAUCUGAUUAAAAAUCUGGUCUUUAUUUUAUAUGAUUAAACAGUUUUCAUAGACGAUUUGUGACCCAGUGUAAAGACUACAUAUUUUUAUUCAGCACUGUCCUUUAAAAUCUUUCUCCCAUUUUAAAAAUGAUCUGUUUGAGGUUUUGUUUUUUGCCUGUGAAUUAAGAGCUCUGAUGUGAAACUUUUUAUGGAAUGAAAUACUGAUUAUUUUAACCAAAUACUCACCAAAGCAAGGAAAGGUUUCAGACCUUUGAACCAUUAUGGUUUGGCAGAGUUAUUUUAAUUUUAGGUGUAUUUGGUUACUUAGAUAGGGGUAGGAAUUUUAAAAAAGUCAAAACAAAAAACAAAUACCACAGGUUAGUGAGUGUAAAUGACAACAGUUUGGCAGUUUUAUGUCUUUAGAAAUGUUUUGCCUUUCUAAGCCUUGUGCUGAAGGUAUUUAACAUUGGUGCCUGUAUAAUUAAGGAGGCAAUUAUAGUCUUAAUGUAAAAGUUGUCUGACCCCUGCCCCCCCACCUGUUUUUGACUUUGGGGUAGACCUUAAGGUGUGUGUUAGUCUCAAUACUGUGAAGUGACAUGUCGUAACAGUCCUGACUGGUAAGGACAUUAAUGGCUUCACUUGAAUUUAAACCAGCUCUAGAUAGGAAAAAAUCUGAGCCUCAUUUGCUUUUUCAGUGGGGUAGCACAUCCCAUAUUUUAGAACAAGUAGGGGUGCCUUGCUUAACUAAAAGUAGCAUUUAACGUAUAAUCGUGUGAAAGGAUUAUGGAUAAAGCUGUAUUUCUGUCACAUUGUGGCAGUACUUUCUGCUUUAAUAUUAAACAGCUUGUUAUUUAAAUAUUGGAUCAAAAUGGCUGGCUUCAAAAUGUAGUCAUUAAUAAACUAACUUUAUGUGUACCUGUGUAGGAGAAUCAAAGUCCUGUAUGUUUUCUUUGCCUUGUUCCUGUUCUCAGGGUGACGACUGUCACGUGGUUACCAGGAGAUGCAGUUCUAGUUCUUAAAGUUUAAUUAGCCCAGAUUUCUGAGAGGUGGUAUCUGGAAGAGAGAUUAUGUCUUCUCUCACUUAAUACAUAACCAUCUUUGAUUACCAGCUAAGAUACGGAAUCACUGUACUGUAAGUAGUCAAUAAAUGAAGGCUUGUUUCAGGCUGAAGAUUACCUAAGAGUAUUUAUUUUGGAGUGUGUGAAUCAACCUAGUACAUUUUUAUUACAUCAAGUCCUGGUAUAUUAUUAUAAGAAGAAAUGGUUAAUUUGUAAUUGUGUUUGCUUUUAUCAUCCUAUAAGAGCAUGAUUCAGUCAACCAGCUUAACAUCUUCCGUAUUACGACCUAAGUAGAAAUGUAUUUUCAUAUGUGGUUGAAUGUAUUGAGCUAUAAGAACUGGUGUCUAUAGCCGUAUGAGCUACUAGAAUGCGAUCUUUUCUUUCUCCCUCUAGCAGUAGGUCUGUGGAAAAAAAUCUGUAGUGUUGAUUAGGAUUGGGGUUGGUGAGGAAUUAAUUCAUUUGCAAUUACUUUAUUUUAAACCUAAUGAGGGACUUCCCUGGUGGUCUAGUGGUUAAGACUUCGUGCUCCCAAUGCAGGGGGCCAGAGUUCGAUCCCUAGUCAGGGAACUAGGUCCCGCAUGCCGCAACUAUAGACCCGGUGCAGACAAGUACGUAAAAAUAAAAAUAAAAAAUAAAAAAGAUAAUGAGUUUCCCUUGCACAUCUCUCUGAAAAGAAUGAGAGCAAAGCAUUAAGAUAUUACGUGGUGGGUAAGCUUGAAGUGUGUAUCUUCUUGUCACACUAGUGGCCAAGUUCUCAGGAAAAAGGUGGGCAUUCUUGGGAAGUCAUCUUAUGAAUUCAUAUACUUUCCUGUACUUCCUUUAGUAGGUUAUUGCUCAUAAUUUACAUUAGUAAAUGAAUAAUUGCUGACAAGGCAAAUUACUAGAAAGUUAGUAGAAAGGGAAGAAAAACAGAUAAUAGAAUAAAAGUAAUCUUUUAUUUUUAUCCAAUCUAAAGACAUACUUCUCCCUCUUGAAAUUUGACAAGACUGGAUUAUGCAUCAUCAUUUGCUAUUGAAAGAAAUAAUGACAGUGAAUUUUGCUCUUCUCGUUGGGUCCUCUUUGUCUUUUUAAUUUCCUUUGUGGUAAAGCUCUCAGAAAUAGUGGGGUUGGAUAUGUCCAGGUUACCCAUAUCCUGCUUUGGCUAGCUCAAAGGAAUUGCAAGGGAAGACACAUAAGGAGCAUGUAAAUACCAAGGAGAAGAUUGUUGAAGAUUGUGAUCUGACCUGAUAUACUCACUUUUGCCAGGGAAUUAAGCAGAACCAUUUUGUGCUUGUCUUUCCACGUCUGGGUGAGACGCUUCUGCCAGGUGGCAAGGGAGACUGAUUCUGCUGUGGAGCAGUAGGCUCUAAAUCCUUCUCACUUCUGUGGUGUGGAGAGAAAGAGGCAGGAGAAAGCCACUUCCAUCUAUGUGACAUUUUGAGGCAGUGACCCUGCUUAUUAUUAGUUAACAUGCCCUAUUGGCAUCCUCUGCCCUAAACAGUCCCUUAGCGGGUUCUCACUUGGAGAUUUUUCUCUGGAUUACAUCUUGAUCAUUUUAUAAUUUAAAACAUUCCAUUAUUUUGAGAGUUUUCCCUAAAUUAUGUGAAAGGGUUCACGUUCAAUUGGUAGGGCCUGUAUUAUAGAGUAGAGUGGUAUAUCUCAGCAGUAAAGUGCCUAAGUUCCAGGGCUUUGAAAAAAAAAAAUUGCUCUAAUGUAGUAGGAAUACAUUUUUCCCGCCUGAAUUCAGCAGAUCAGAAAAUAAAUCUCUGAAGUUUGUACGAAGGGAAUAAAGCUGCUAUAAACAUUUGUGUGUAGGUUUUUAUGUAUACAUAAGAUUUCAACUCAUUUGGGUAAAUACCAAGGAGUGUGAUUGCUGGAUCAUAUGGUAAGACUAUGUUUAGUUUUGUAAGAACCUGCCAAACUGUCUUCCAAGAUGGCUGAACCAUUUUGCCUUUCUACCAGCAAAGAAUGAGAGUUCCUGUAGCAACUCAUCCUUGCCAGCAUUUGGUGGUGUCAGUGUUUUGAAUUUUAGCUAUUCUGAUAGGUGUGUAGUGAUACUUAGUUUUAAUUCGCAAUUCCAUGAUGUGCAAGUUGUUGACAUCUGUAUAUAUUUGCAUCGGCAUAUUGUCUUUGGUGAGGUGUGCAGAUCUUUUGCCCAGUUUUUUUAGUUGGGUGGUUUUCUUACUGAAUUUCAGGAAGAGGAUAUAGGAAGGUUUAAUUUGGUUCUUAAACCUUGAUGAUACGAAAAUAAAUAGAAUAAUUUUUAAAUUUUGUGGUUUUUUGAAGGAAAUAAAAUUCAAGAGAUAUGAAGGGCUAUACAGUGAGCAGUUUCCUUCCCAUCCUAUACUUGAGCCACUUAGUUCCCCUUCUCAGGCAACCCUGUUAUCAGUUUCUAAUGUAAACUUCCAGUGAUUUUACUAUAUAGAUAAGCAAAUAUUAAUAGGCAUUUUCAUUUAUUUAAAAAAUAUAAAUUAUAGCAUAGUAUGCAUACUGUUCUGUACAUUUCUUCCCAUUUAAUUACAUUCUAAAUAUUUUAUAUGCGUAUAUAAAAUCCUUUCUCAUUUUUUAAAAUGAUUGUACAGUGUGGGUGUAUUUCACUUAACCUGUCCUUACUGAUGAAGAUGUAAAUUGUUUCCAAUCUUUUGCUGUUAUACUGCUGAAAGGAAUUACCUUGUAUAAAUUUGUAUCAUUUUGUACAUACAUAAAUUUCUCUGUAGGAUAAGUGAUCAGAGUAUGUGCACUUGUAAUUUAUAUCUAAAAUUCAAUUGGUAUCUAUAAUUUGUUUUUCCUUAGUUUGCACCAGCAAUGCAAUGCAAGUGUCCAUUUCCCCAUAGCCCUCCAACAGUGUAUUAGCAAUCUGUUCUUUGGCAAUCUGCCAAGCUUAAAAAAACACACAGAAUGGUAUUAUGAUGGAGCAUUUCUUCAUGUUUAAGGGGUUUUGGGAUUUUUUUUCUUAUAAAUUUGUCUUCAUAUCCUCUCCCCAUUUUUCUUUUUCUCUUAUAAUCCCCAUCUACUUAUCCUCAUUAAUUUUAAAUCAACUUCAAGACAGCAUCAUUUUAUCUGGAUAUAUUUCAGUGUACAUCUCUUUUAAAAAAGGACUUAAAAAGUACCAUCAUUCCUAAAAAUACUAAUUUCUUAUCAAAUAUCUAUAUGAAAUGUCAUUUUAUAAAAGUAUAUUUGAAUCAUGAUCUGAACAACAGUCCACACAUUGCAAUGGUUAUUAUGUCUCUUUUUUCCCCUGCAACAUGUUUUAAUACAAAAAUUCAAGUAUCUGGAAAAGUUGGAUUAAAAACAUGCCUAUACCUACCACCUAGAUUCUACAAGUAACAUUUUGCCAUAUUUCCUUCAUCAUGUAUCUCUGCACCCAUCAGUCUUUUUUCUUAUGUGUGUCAAAGUUGUAGACAUCUAUACUUGAAUCUUAAGCUUUGUGGCAUCCAUAUCAUUAAGUAAACUUCUUGUUCUUGAGGUAAAAUUUACAGUGAAUUGAACAAAUAUUAAUUUGAUGAGUUUUGACAUACAGCUGUGUAACCCAAACUCCUUAUACAAGCUAUGGAACAUUUCCAUCACAUCAGAAAAUUUCUGUAGUCAAUUCCUGUACCUCUCCCAUCCCUUCUUAUUAGGAUUUUGUCUUCACCAUAGAUUAGUUUGGCCUAUUCUAGAACUUCAUAGAAAUGGAAUCAGUAUGUAUUAUUGUGUAAAUUUCUUCCUCUAAGCAUGUGUUGAGAUUCAUCUAUGUGUUUCAGCUUUUUGUUCCUUUUCAUUGUUGAGUAGUAUUCCAUUGUAUGAAUAUGCUAUAGUUUAACCUUUCACUUGUCGGGUGAACAGCUUGUGGGUGCUGGGCUGUUUCCAGUUUUUGGCUAUUAUGAAUAAAGUUGCUGUGAAUAUCCUGUGCAA